AUGAAGAUCCUUUACCUGCUCUUUUCUCUCCUCUUCUUGGCACUCCAGGUUUCUCCAGGUCUGUCUUCACCCCGGAGGGACAUGUUUCUCUGUAGAAAAGGGUCCUGUCACUUUGGAAGAUGUCCCAUCCAUCUGAUUAGAGUUGGAAGUUGCUUUGGGUUCCGCUCCUGCUGCAAAGCAAGAGUGAUGAAAAUUUCUUGUAAACUUUGGAAUUUGCUUUGAAUCCUCUUACUGCUAAAACCACCUGAUCCUGCUGCAAAGCUGCAUGCACCUUUCAUUUUUAAUGCAAAAAGCUUCAUGAUGUAG